UCCGCGCGCGCAAUCACGCGGCAGCAGCGACGACGAUUUACGCACAUCGAAAUGCAGCGGAAUAAACGCGGACUGAUCGACAUCGGCGAUUUUCACGCAAAAUGUCGCGUCGUCGUGUCUGACCGCGUCGGGCUUUAAUUUGACGGCGGGAAUAUGAAAACGAUUGAUGCACCAACGAUCGCGAAGCGUAUAUGGUAUUAUACGCAAAAUAUUACAUCUAACCACGCUCCGACUUUUUCCCGCAGGUUAAACGCAAGAUGAUGCCAGUACCACCCGACUCGCACAAGAUAUCGCUGAAGAUCAUAGAAGCGAUCAAACAACAUCCAGUAUUGUACAGCACAGAGGUGCGAGGUCCGUCGAUCAAGUUACAAGACUUCAGACAAAAAGUCUGGAAACGCAUCUCCGAUGAGCUCGGACUCGAUCCAACUUGGGUAAGAUUAAAAUGGAAGAACCUUAGGGAUACCUAUUGCCGUAUCUUAAAGUAUAAAGUCAAAACAGAAGAGGGUGUGAGAAGAAAAAAAUGGAUCUUUGAAGAUCAUUUGAGUUUCUUAAAAUUCCCGCAUGAGUCCGAUUAUCAACCACAAUGCGUAGAACUGACUGAGGAGUAUAUACAAGACAUAAACGCAGGUGGAAUAAGCUCAGAAGGUUUACUGGAACAAUUGGAGGAUCGAAACGAUGAAGAUUACAGUGAGUACUUGGAGGUUCUCGAGGAAACAACAGCGGAUCCAAUAUUAGAGUCUGAAAUGGUAGAAACGUACAAGAGCAACGGCCGGCAACAACUAGCUACACAGAAAACAGCAAUCAACUCGCAGGAAUCCACGCAACGGAACAUCGACAGUUACGCCCAGGAAAUACAGUCAAAGUAUCGAAAAAUACGUCCAAAACGAACGAAGUCUCUUGCGUCCACCUCUAGUGUUCCAAAUUCUUAUAGUAUACUGAAGCCUAACAGCGCAAACACGCUUCUUGAUGCUAAUACAAUAACGAAUCCUAUUCUCGUGACGAGCUCCGUUUUAACGCCAGUCACGACUGGACCUACAGCUGUAGAGGAAUCGGGCAACGCGAAAGAAGAUAUUAAUCAAACAUAUCUAUCCGAAAAUAAAAGCAGCAUAGAGUUGUUUUUCGCCAGCAUGGCGCAAACUGUGAAAAAGUUCCCGGCUAAGAUGCAAGCGGACAUCAAGAUGAACAUCUGCAAAAUAGUCACGGAAGCGGAAAUGCGAUAUUCUGCACAAAUUACGACGCAAACUACGCAACAAUUUAUUACGCCACCUGGCAUGAUACCGAAGCUAGUAUUGAUACCUUGCAACAAGUUAGAUAAUCAAGGUAUUAAAGACUGCUGUCCAAAAAAGAGCGAAUACUUAUUGGAAUACAAAAAAGUACGGCAUAACCGUUUUCCGAAAGUGGUUAAGUGGUUGCACAUUCUCCAACAAGUAACAAAAGUUUCAAAAUUGACAAAAAUGUUGCGACAUUUGACAUGUGGGAAAGGACAUGUAAGCUUUUUGAAACACUGCUCAGCAAUUCAAUUAGUAAUAAAUCCGUCCAGAAAGCAGUGUUCAGAAGCCAAGGACAAAGAUGAAGAUAUAAAUAAAUAUAGAAACUUUAAUGACACUACUAUUGCAAGUAAAAAAAUGUUGAAAAGUUUAAAACAAGAUUGGUCAUCAUUGAAGAAAUUGAAGAAAAUAUUUUCAAAUGACACACUAUUAUCAGACUUGGAAAUUAAAUGGAGAAAAGCCGAUUAUAUUCCAUACCAGUGUGAUGUACUUAUUAUUGGCGGUGGUGCAAUAGGUAGUUCAAUAGCAUAUUGGUUAAAGAAGAUGAUACACAGAGAUGAAUUUAAUGUUGGCGUAAUUGAGAAGGAUCCUACAUAUGCAAAGGCUUCUACAACUCUCUCUGUAGGCGGCCUACGCCAACAAUUCUCUCUUGAAGAAAAUAUUGAGAUGUCAUUAUAUGGGGCAGAAUUUCUGCGUAAUAUCAAUGAAUAUCUGAGUAUACCUUAUGAAAAUCCCAUCGAUAUAAACUUUCAUCCUUAUGGCUACUUAAUAUUGGCAAGUGAAAAAGGUGCUGAGACACUGGUAAACAAUUCCAAGCUACAGAAUUCUUUAGGAGCCAAAAAUGUGGUUCUCACUCAGGAAAAAUUGAAGCGCAUGUUUCCUUGGUUGAAUACUGAUGGGAUCGCGGCGGGUUGUCUCGGUCUUGAAAAGGAAGGAUGGUUUGAUCCAUGGUCUUUGUUGUGCGCCUUGAAAAAUAAAGCUAAUUACUUAGGUGCUCACUACAUUAACGGAGAAGUUAAAGCUUUCCAGUAUAGGAUAAUUCCGGGUGCUUACGACAAUGAUAUGGAACCUGUAAAAAAAUUAGAUGAAGUAGUUAUAGAAACAAGUAAUGGUGAGAUUAAGAAGAUACAGUUUUGUAUGUGUGUUAUCGCUGCGGGCGCGUUUAGUGGCGAUGUAGCAGAAUUGGCAGAUAUUGGAACCGGUGAAGGAAUAUUGUCUGUACCUCUACCAGUGGUACCAAGGAAAAGAUAUGUGUAUUGUUUUCAUAGUCCCAACGGACCUGGUUUAAAUACACCUUUAACGAUUGAUACCAAUGGUACAUAUUUCAGACGAGACGGUCUAGCGGGUAAUUUCAUUGGCGGAAAAUCACCAGAAUUACAUGAAGAACCGUCGGUGAAUAAUUUAGAUGUUGACCAUGAAUAUUUCGACAAUAAAGUGUGGCCAGCGCUCGCCCACAGAGUACCGGCAUUCGAAAACUUAAAGGUAAAGUCGUCGUGGGCUGGGUAUUACGAGUAUAAUACUUUCGACGGAAACGGUAUCAUCGGCCAGCACCCUUAUCACAAGAAUUUAUUCAUGGCGACUGGUUUCAGUGGACACGGUAUUCAGAAGGCACCAGCGGUAGGCCGCGCAAUAGCAGAGUUGAUACUUUAUAAUCGUUAUGUUAGUAUAGAUUUGUCCAAACUAAGUUUUCAGAGAUUCCUAGAUUCAGAACCUAUGAAAGAAGCUAACAUGUUUUAAGCGCUAGGAAAAAAGUGAUAAAGUAUCGUUUUCGUAUUUGGUUGUAUCAUCAAUCAUUGUACAUUUGUAAAUAUAUAUAAUUUACAUACAAAAAUUAAUAAUUAUAUAGAUAUAUAAUUUAUUUAAAUAAAAGAGAACUAAUGAAAAUAA